AUCUUCGCAAACAAUCAUAAACCCUAAACCUCUCUCUCAAAGCCUAAAAAUGUUCAGUCCAGGAAUAAAGAGAAGCAAUUUCAGCUCCCGGAAGGAUAGAAAUCUUGGGCAGACAGUCAGGGUGGCUGAUUCUCCCAUAACUCCCCUCGGUGAUAACCGUAGAUCAGCAUUCGACACUUCAAUCCCCAACCGUCCCAGCACCGGCACUCCAGCUCCUUGGGCUCCUCGUUUGUCCGUUCUUGCUAGAAUUCCUCAAGCAAACAAAAAUGAGAAAGGGGAUGAAAUAGAUCCUAUUAAGCCUGUAUUUGUUGGGGAGUUUCCCCAAGCAGUUCAUGAUGAACAUGGCAGCUUUCUGCAGCAGCAUGCUCCUGGUGGUGCAUUUAUAUCUGGUGGAAUGGAUAAGCACACAAGCCUAUCAUGGAUUAUAUGUGGAAGCAAACUUUUUAUCUGGAGUUUUUUGUCAUCCACAGCUUCAAAAAAAUGCAUUGUUCUUGAACUUCCUUCUAAUAUUUUAGAGAAUGGAGAUAUUAAGGGAGAUUCUUGUCACCAUGCAAGGUGGUUACUUACUGUUAUUAAUUGGGAUAGUCCAUCUAGAGGAACGAACAAAGUUGCACAGCAUUGCAGUUCUGCAGGUAUUGUAAUGUGUAACCGAACAACUCGAGCUAUUUUGUACUGGCCUGACAUUUAUCGUGAUGCUGGAAGGAUUCCUGUUACCAGUUGUGCAUCAUCUGAUGAAUUAUCAUCAAAUUCUUCACCUAUUGAUGGAAAGAUAACCCCAGAUAGGCAGCAACAACGUAGUAAGCAUGGAAGUGGUUCAGAUGGAUUGAUUUCUUUUAACUCUUUGAUUGCUUCUGCCAUUCCUAAUACAGGACAUGCAUGCAUUGCUCUUGCAACUAGUUGCAGAGGAGAGCUUUGGCAAUUUCAUUGCAGCCCUACUGGUGUCUCCCGUAAUAAAGUGUAUCAGGACAUCAAGAGUUCAACAUCCCAAGGCAGCAAUAGUAGUCAACAUGGAGAGAGCAGGGGCUAUCCUAAGUCAUUAAUUUGGCGAUUUCCAUAUUCCUCCUUUGAGGAGGAACCCGAGAGGCAAUUUUUUCUCUUGACAGAUCAUGAAAUACACUGUCUAAGCAUUAAGCUCUGUGCUGAUUUUACCAUGUCCAAGCUUUGGUCUCAUGAAAUUGUUGGUACUGAUGGCGAUCUGGGCAUUCAGAAGAAUCUGGCAGGGCAGAAACAAAUUUGGCCUCUGGACAUACAAGUAGAUGAUCAUGGUAAAGUGAUUACUGUUCUUGUUGCCACUUUUUGUAAGGACCGGAUUAGCAGUUCAAGCUACACCCAGUAUUCUCUCCUGACAAUGCAAUACAAGUCUGGAGCAGAAGAACACGAAAGGGUUUUAGAGAAAAAGGCACCAAUACAAGUGAUAAUUCCUAAAGCACGAGUAGAGGAUGAAAACUUUUUAUUCUCAAUGAGACUUAGAGUUGGCGGCAAGCCAUCUGGAUCGGCAAUUAUACUUUCUGGUGAUGGGACAGCUACAGUCUCCUACUAUAGAAAUUCUACCUGGCUCUAUCAAUUUGACCUACCUUAUGACGCUGGAAAAGUUCUAGAUGCUUCAGUUCUUCCUCCCACAGAUGAUGGGGAAGAUGGUGCAUGGGUUGUGCUGACUGAGAAAGCUGGAAUAUGGGCAAUACCAGAAAAGGCAAUUGUACUUGGUGGGGUUGAACCGCCUGAACGAAGCCUGUCUCGUAAGGGAAGCUCAAAUGAAAGAUCUGGACAAGAAGAGAGGAGAAACCUAAUGUUUGAAGGUAAUUUUGCUCCUAGAAGGGCUAGUUCAGAUGCAUUGGAUGCUGGUGAUAGACAACAGACUAUUGUAAGAGGGUUUCCACGCCGAACUGUGCAAGAUGAGGAAUCAGAAGCUUUGCUCAGUAUUUUUUUCCAUGAGUUUCUGCUAUCAGGGAAGGUUGAUGGUGUAAUGGAAAAGCUUAAAAGUUCUGGGGCAUUUGAAAGGGAUGGAGAAGUAAAUAUUUUUGCACGGACAAGCAGAUCUAUUGUUGACACCUUAGCUAAACACUGGACAACAACACGAGGUGCUGAGAUUUUGGCCAUGGCUGUUGUAUCCACUCAACUCAUAGAUAAGCAGCACAAGCAUGAAAGUUUUCUCCAGUUUCUUGCUUUAUCCAAGUGCCAUGAAGAGCUAUGUUCUGGGCCAAGACAUUCUUUGCAAAUCAUCUUAGAACAUGGUGAAAAGCUUGCUGCAAUGAUUCAACUCAGGGAACUGCAAAGCAUGAUUAGCCAGAAUCGUUCAACCAUAGCUGUCUCCCAAUCUCUGAGUCCUGAUAAUCAAAUCUCAGGUGCUCUUUGGGAUUUUAUUCAACUGGUUGGUGAGAGGGCCCGGCGGAAUACUGUUCUUUUAAUGGACAGGGAUAAUGCCGAGGUGUUCUACAGUAAGGUUUCUGAGCUUGAACAGGUAUUUUAUUGCUUAGAAAAACAGCUAGAAUAUAUAAUAAGCAUAGAGCAACCACUUGUAGUUCAGAUCCAGAGAGCAUGUGAACUCUCAAAUGCAUGUGUUACUAUAGUUCGUACAGCCAUGCACUACAAAGUCAAGCAUCAUCUCUGGUACCCACCACCUGAGGGCUUAACACUUUGGUAUUGUCAACCAAUAGUACGAAAUGGGUUGUGGAGUAUUGCUUCUUUCAUGCUUCAUCUGUCUAAGGAAGCAUCUAGAUUUGGUACAUCUUCAAAUUCAGAGCUAUAUGGUCAUCUAGAGGCACUGGCUGAAGCUCUACUUGAGGCAAGUAGUGGUGCUAUCACUGCUAAAAUGGAGUGUGGAGAAGAACACAAAGGUCUAUUGGAUGAAUAUUGCAGUAGGAGGGAGACUCUUCUUGACUCCCUUUAUCAACAAGUUAAAGGUUUUGUAGAGGCUGGAUAUAAGGACAUAAAUGUAGGAAGUGAAGAGCAGAAAGAAGAAAACCUCAGAAAACUUUCUUCAAAUUUGCUUUCUAUUGCAAAAAGACAUGAGGGCUACCAAACCAUAUGGGACAUAUGUUGUGACCUCAAUGAUUCAGUGUUGCUCAGGGACCUUAUGCAUGAGAGCAUGGGACCUAGAGGAGGAUUUAGCUACUUUGUGUUUAAGCAAUUGUAUAAGAAAAAGCAAUUCUCCAAGCUACUAAGGCUUGGGGAAGAGUUCCAUGAAGAGCUGUCUAUUUUCUUGAAGCAUCACAGAGAUCUACUGUGGCUUCAUGAGAUAUUUCUAAAUCAGUUUUCUUCAGCUUCAGAAACACUUCAUGAUGUAGCACUCUGUCAAGAUGAUGACUCUAUUCUGACUGAGGAGGAUGAGAUGGAUGCAGGACAUGAAAAUCCUCAACCAACAUUGGCUGACAGAAGAUGGCUUUUGAAUCUCUCAAAAAUAGCUGCAUUGGCAGGCAUUAAGGAUGCAGACUCUGAGAUUAAAGUGAAGCGCAUAGAAGCUGAUUUGAAGAUUUUGAAAUUACAGGAAAAAAUAAUGAAGGUUCUUCCUACUGAUGAAACAAAGCAAUCUAUUGACAAGCAGCUCCUUCGUCCUGAGGAGCUCAUAGAGCUGUGCGUCAAAAGUGGAGACAGAGAACUGGCAUUGCAGGUCUUUGAUGUAUUUGCAUGGACCAGUUCAACAUUCCGUAGGAACCACAGAAACCUUCUGGAAAUGUGCUGGAAGAAUGCUGCUGAUCAGGAUCACUGGGAACAACUCUAUCAAGCAUCCAUAACUGAAGGGUGGAGCGAUGAAGAAACCCUGCAGCAUCUCAGGCAGACUCUGCUUUUCCAGGCUUCAAAUAGAUGUUAUGGACCGAGAGCAGAGACCAUUGAAGAUGGAUUCGAUAAAGUCCUGCCACUGAGGCAAGAGAACCCAGAAGUUCCAGAUCUUACUGAUACAGGCACAUCCGUAGAAGCAAUACUGAUGCACCAUAGGGAUUUCACCUAUGCUGGCAAGCUAAUGUUGACUGCUGUCAUGCUGGGCAGUCAACAGGAUGAUGUCAAAGUUGAACAAGAGUCACCUUCCCCCACUGGAGUGAUAGAUUUUGAUGCCUCCGACUGAUCAUUUAUAGGAUUAGUCUAAUCUUUGCAUAAUCCUCAUUCCCAACGGCAAUCAAUCUGUAGUCAAUGUGAUUUCCUUUUCUAUUCCUUCUCUAAAAAUGCACAAGCAGCAUGUAAAUUGCUUUAUUUUUAAGCACUGAGAAUUUGCUUGAUUCACUGUGUAAUUGGGUGAAAAUGUCGACCUGGGGUCAUGUUUGCUUGGAGGUAAACAAUUAUUCUUUGGUUCAAUUACAGAAGCGAGUUAAAUUGAUAAACUUGCUUAAGAAAUUAGGAAUGGUAAG